UUCCAGAGGGAGUUGAGGGCAUUUAAUCCACUGGCGGUGUGGAGAAGGGAGGACGUCAUGUGCACCUCAUCGCUGAUAGCGCUGCUUCUGCUCGGCUUCCUGCGGCCCUGCACCGCCGAUGGAGCCUCGCUCACUCAGCGGUGCAACCCAUCCACAGAUGGUACCAUCUACAAAUACCAGGCCAAGACCUUGAACGGUAGUCGCACUGUUGACUUCAGUGACUACGCAGGAAGGAGUGUGCUCGUUGUCAACGUGGCCACCUACUGAGGGUACACCUUCCAGUACGUGGAGUUGAAUGCACUUCAGGCGGAGAUGGAUACCCUCGGACUGACUGUUCUUGGCUUCCCCUGCAAUCAGUUUGGGAAACAGGAACCAGGCGAAAGGCAUGAAAUCCUGCCAGCUCUAAAGCAUGUCAGACCCGGCAACAACUUUGUUCCAAACUUCUUGCUGUUUGAGAAAGGUGAUGUGAAUGGCGAAGACGAACAAGAGGUCUUUACGUUCCUGAAGAAUUCCUGCCCGCCGGCAGGAGACAGCUUUGGAACCCCCACCAACAGGCUCUUCUGGGAGCCGCUCAAGCUCAACGACAUCAAGUGGAACUUUGAAAAGUUCCUGGUGGGCCCACACGGGAAGCCGGUGAUGAGAUGGCACCCGCGCAUCGAUGUCUCCCAAGUGCGAGCGGACGUUCGCAAAUACCUCCUCCACCGUUACACCCAAGAAGUGUUCAACUAGACCGAUGCGGUUGUUGCCGAGGCGUAUAUGGAAGCAGUUUGCGAUACGUGAAGAUAGCAUUUUAAAUGAAGAAGAGGUUUGAAAACAGAAACCCUGUGGAGCCUCUUUGGAGUCUGGGCCUCCAGGCCUCAGCUCUUCAGUGCAUUCAAGCUGUCCUGUGAGGCCCCCAGCAUCUUGUUGUCUUCUCAUAGCAUCUGCUGCCAUUUACAGUCUCAGUGUCAAUGACUUCUAAUAAAUCCAUGCGAAAAUGCA